UUGCAAGCAUUGUUGAAUUCUUCGGUCAGAUACAACAGACAAAAUGAUUUUGUGUUAAAAGCAAUUUAGAAAGCUAUAAAAAUGUUCAGUUUUGUUCCAAACGUUGCAGAAGUUUUAACCACAGAAUUGCAGCAGAUAGAAAACAAGGCAUGUCGGGUUGAACUGUGGCGCAGGCAAAACAGAACUGUGAGUUUUACACAGUCACUUUGUGUAACACCAGCUCACAGGAAUAAUCAUCAGAGCAAAUUGCUACAUUCGAUACACAUUGUGCCCAAUGAUUAUGGAGAUUGUUCAAAAGAAAACAGACUUCAAGGGUCGUACAGCCCUGGAAUUACUGUAGCACGAAGAUGCUACAUCUGUGAUGACCCAUUUUGUACAAAUAUAGAUGUGUUAAACAGUGAUAGUGCUGGUACUUUGUGCUGUGAAGAAUCGAUAAAGAAGAGUUUGGGAUCAAGUUUUGAGUCGUUUUAUGCUUUAGAAAAUCCCAAGAUCCUAUUGGAAAAAGACGGAAAUGUGCCUUGUGGAGAAAGCAAAGAUGAAACACAACAAGGUGCCAAAAUUACCAAAGAACAGAAAAAGUUGGUUUCGAAUGAAACACCGCAAAUUUCAGGUGUGUCUUCUAAAGAAGAGGAUAAACCCCACAUUGGUGCCAGAAGGAAGCUUAUGUUGGGAGCCCUGAAGAAAUUAAAACUUCCUUAUUCUGGUGUAAAAAAACCAGUCUACUAGGAAGGCAGGCUCUCAGUCCUGUGCCAAAUUGAACAAUUUUGAAUCCUUGAAAUCUCAGACUGAAAGCUCGGAAAAGGGGGACGACUCUAGCAAACGUCCUUGCUGCUGUAAGGGGCCCUACCACUGUCACAUGUUUGACAGUAAGUCAAUAUAUCACCACCAGAACAACGAAGACAAUAAAACAAUGGCAAAGUCUGUAUCAUCAGGGAAGCCUGGGCGCCGAUUUGACAAUCAAAUUUCACUGGAUCGUUCCUCUCAGUCCAGCCAAUCAAAUUUGCUCCACUACUCUGAAAAGGAUAACCACAGAAAUAUUUGCAUGACAUUUUGGAAACCUCAGCUCUCGUUCUGUCCUUACAAAUACGGAGAUAAAUUGGUCGACUUUAGCUCAUUGUGGCCGAGUGAACAAAGUCUGAGGAAAACGAUGUCAGAAGUCUGCCAUGAUACGGUGCUGCGCAGAGCUAUCCUAGACAUGUGCAAGAUGUCACUACGGUGUGGACCAGUACGACUCCUCAAGGCCCUUCUGGGUCUAAAACUUGUCAACCUAGAUCAGGUGUUUGAAGACGGCAGUGGUAUGUUACACUUGGCGCUCAUCGCCCGUAAUGCUGAGGCAGUACAGUUCCUCUGUCAUGCCGGGAUACCACCCAAAAUCAGAGAUAAAUAUGGUCACCCUGCUGACCAGGUGUGUUUCUCUGCUCAGCUCCGUAAGCUCCUACCUCAGCGAUAUAUCAUCAGCAACAGUUCCCAGUCCCCAAGGUAUAGCAAGUCUCACAUCCUCCCCACCCAAACUGAUGUUGAGUCUAUUUUCAACCUGGCCCAAAGUUCAAAGCAUUUUGAUGAAUUACAGAAAAAAUUACAGACAUACGAAUUUGACGUCAAUGGGCAGUGUGAUAGUAAGGGAGACUACCUGGUCCAUAUUGCCACAAGGGGAGGUCUCUCGAUGCUGCCGAUGUUGUUGACUCUGGUGAGAGUACAGGGUGCUGACAUCGACCUGUGUAACAGUGCGGGGAUGACGCCCCUUAUGAUUGCUGCGCAGAACAGAGAUGCCGUCCUCUGUGAUGUUCUGCUGUGCGUCUUCGGUUGUAACCCUAACAAACCCAACCCCAGCUUGGGUACCUACGCUCUACACUGUGCCUGUGUCAGCAACUGUUCAGAGGCCGUCAACGUCCUGCUAAAUCGUGGUGCAGACUUUAACUUGGAAGAUCUCGAUGGCCGAAGACCAGACGACACAACCCGUACUCAAGACGCCGAGGAAUGCAGGGCCAUUUUACGAUCAAAACGCAUUCAACGCUCGGAAUACCUAAGUGGGCUUAUUGAAAAGGGUGUGCCGUUUGAAUCUGAGGUGAGGUACACAGAUCUGUGCGUGGUGGAUGAGCUAGGCAGGACACUAGUCAUGGUGGCAGCUGAAAAUAACAGAGUUGACCAUUUGGAGAAGUUAUUGGCCGUUGAAGGUUCACCUAUCGACGCUCAACAUGAAAAGACUGGCCAGACAGCUCUGUCAGUUGCGGCCCGAGCAGGCAACAUGGAGACAGUCAGGGUGCUACUCAGCCGGGAUGCAAACCCCGGCAUUCCUGACCUGCAUGGUUACCUCCCCUUGCACUACGCUGUUAUGAAUGGACAUGGGGACGUGUUGGAGGCAAUGUUGGAAUUCUUCCCCAAAACGUACACGGGGUUACACUUGGCGUCCAAACUUGCAGUUAACACAGCUGUUCAUGACCGAAUCAAAGCCGCCAUCCAAAAACGCAAAGAAGAGAUUUUGACCCCUGAACUUUAUGACUGUGCGUUGACAGGAGACGGGGAAAGACUGUUCCGUGUGUUGGAAGAUGGGGACAAUGUUAAUCUCAAGAGAGAAGUUGCCCCCCUUUACUUGGCUGUGGAGAAUGGACAUUUGGAUGUGAUCAAACUUUUGUAUGAGCGUGGGGGUGACAUCACAAGACGACACCCAGUUACCCAAUCAACUGUGCUACACGCAGCUGCUAAAAUGGGUCACAGCCAAGUGGUGGAGUUUCUGCUGCAAUUUUGUCGGCCAGUUACCUCCCCUGUCUACACUCUCCUGUCUAAGCAGAAGGAUAAGAAAUUCUCAUACAUGCCGUAUCAGUGUCUGAAACACUCGUACUACAAGGAGCUGGACAUCAAUGCUUUAGAUGGUGAUGGUAAAACUCCCCUGCAGCUGGCAGCAGAUAAAGGAUAUCGAACUAUCGUCAAACUCCUGCUGGACCAGGAUGCCACUACGGCACUGCUCGGGGAACAAGGGGAGCUAAUUAAGUGCCCUGAGUAUGAAGGGGUUCGGAUCAUGAUAGAGUCGUAUCGUGAGCACCACACCUCACAAGUCAUGAAGUGGAUACUGGACAGGAAGGGACUGAACAGCCUCAAACAGAUCUGGCUGCCGAGAUUUGACCACAAUUUGCGUGACCCCCUGGGGAACACACCUCUGAUGGUGGCAUGUAAGACUGGCCGGAUGGACGUGGUGAGAUUUCUACUGGAGUCAGCUGUGUACACGACAGUACCCAGUGAGGACAAUGUCAGUGAGGACAGUGACACUGAUUCUGGUCUGGAAAGAACAAGUAACAGGACACCUAGCUUGUAUAAACGAGGGGAGAUAGGUGAGGAUGUGUCAUGCCCAGACAGUCAGAGUUCUCGUUUUGCCAUCAGCGUCCUCCUCCAGCCAAUCAGAGGGACGAGUCUCCACCCCGGGAAUUCCCUAGCUCCUACGCCCACCACCCAGGUGCAGCGACCCAACAGCACUCAGUUUGGGCAACCAGCUGUCUCCCUGCGCAGGUCACCAAGCUGGACUACGCUUAACCUUGAAGAUUUAACAUUCCUCCCUCAGAGGCCAGACAGAGAGCACAACUUUUUGAUGUCCUUACCGGCGACUCUGGUGAGGUCAGAGUCUGACAGUCUCACCUCCAACACCAAAUAUGUGAUGACGAAACUGAUGACUGAUCUUAGGCGACCGAAAGGCUUGCAGAUCUUUCAUGAUAACAAAGUAUGUCACGUCUGCGCUGUUAAUUUGCUGGACGGCAACACGGCACUUCACCGCACCAUAGAAGGGGGAGACAAUCUGCAGGUAGCCCAACUCUUGUUGCAGCAUGACCCUGCGGUAGCUCACACGCAAAAUUUCCAGGGUUACUCCCCUUUGCACUUCGCUUGUAAGUUCGGCAGAAAGAAGAUAGUGCAGAUGUUGCUGUCUCUCCCUGACAUUGAUGUCCACUGCCUCACCGCAGACGGUCAGCAGCCCGAGGACCUGUGCAGCAGUAAGGCGGUUAGAAAGCUGCUGGUCAAGGCCAGAACAGAGAACCCACAGCCAGAAAUGUCUGAAUCUCCAGUCAGGUCUCUGUACACCUCUAGUUACAACGACGACACAGCAACCACAAUUAACCUGGACAAGAUCCGAGACAAGUACCAGGAGCUGAAGAGAGGUCUUCACAAGGACGAUGAUUUGUUGUGAUCUCAUUGGUCACUUUACCCUUGGACUUCGGGCUGAUCAAAGUUCCCACGGAUGAUCCGAGGCAUGGAUUUCAAGAUAUGUCCCAAUGCAUGACAAUGACAAUUUUGUGACCGCCAACUUGGUCUGAAGAAAGGUUUAUGUGACAAUUUCCAUGCUGGGAUAUCAUUGAUCAAAGCUGUGUUCUCAGCAGUGGUCUCCAUGAUGAUGGCAAAGUUGUAAUGUCACAAGUCACAUGAUCAAAGCUACGUUCAAAGAUGUGGUCUCCAUGACGAUAACAAUAAUGUGAUGUCACUGGUCACACGAUCAAAGAUGUGUUCUCAGGAGUGGUCUCCUUGACGAUGACAAAGCUGUAAUGUCACUGGCCACAUGAUCAGAGCUGUGUUCCAAGAUGUGGUCUCCAUGAUGAUAACAAUACUGUGAUGUCACUGGUCACAUGAUCAAAGCUGUGCUCUCAGCAGUGGCCUCCAUGACAAUGACAGUGUUGUCACAAUGUUGUCAUGAGUCACAUGAUCA